AAACAAAUAAUUAUAUACUAGAUAAAUAUCACAAAUUAACAAAAAUUUAAUAAAAAAUACUGAAGUGGUGUGUCAAAGAGAUGAAGUUGCUAUCGCCUUCCGCAACCGCUACUACUUCCCUUCCAUCUUCCGCUUUUCUCCCCUCUCACUCCUAUGGCUUCCAAAAUCUCGCCUCUUCUUCAGCUACUUUCAAAUUCUCCAAGAACAAGGGAAAAUGCAUAAGGAAAGCUGGGAGCACUACUAUCACUGCAAAAUUUGAGUUGAAACCACCACCAUAUCCGUUGAAUGCUUUGGAGCCAAUUAUGAGCCAGGAUACAUUUGAGUACCAUUGGGGGAAGCACCACAGAGCUUAUGUAGAUAACUUGAACAAGCAAAUUGAUGGAACAGAUCUAGAAGGGAAGUCACUAGAGGAAACCAUAGUAUUAGCAUAUAAUAAUGGCGACAUUCUUCCAUCCUUCAACAAUGCAGCACAGGUAUGGAACCAUGACUUCUUUUGGGAGUCCAUGAAACCCGGUGGUGGUGGAAAACCAUCGGGGGAACUUUUAAAACUGAUUGAAAGAGACUUUGGUUCAUUUGAAAAAUUUGUUGAGCAGUUCAAGCUUGCUGCUUCAACACAAUUCGGUUCAGGAUGGGCAUGGCUUGCAUAUAAAGAAAAUAGACUUGACGUUGGAAAUGCAGUAAAUCCUCUUGCAACUGAGGAGGACAAAAAGCUCGUUGUGCUGAAGAGUCCUAAUGCUGUGAACCCCCUUGUUUGGAGCCAUCAUCAUCCACUCCUGACCAUUGAUGUAUGGGAGCAUGCUUACUACCUUGACUAUCAGAACCGGCGCCCUGAUUAUAUAUCAGUGUUCAUGGAUAAGCUUGUAUCUUGGGAAGCAGUCAGCUCUAGACUUGAGAAAGCUAAGGCCAUAAUUGCAGAGAGGGAGAGAGAGGAGGAGAAGAAAAGAAAAGAGGAAGAAGAGAAAUCAACAACCGGCAAAGCUAGGCCUACUCCUGAGAUAUUUGCGGAUACUGAUACUGACUAGAAUACAGAAUGAGUUUUUUUUUUUGGGGUCUAGAGUAGAGUUCAAAAUGGCUUAUAUUUCUUACCAGCUAGGUUUGCUUGUAUACAAGUUCAGUGGCUUCUAGCUGCAAAUUUUGCUGUCAUUAUUCUAAAUUAAUGCAUCUUACAUGCAUAAAUGAUAUGAAAUCUUAUCACCUGGAUUGAAUAA